AUGCCCACCAGGCACAAUUCUGUGAUAAUUCUGCAAGAACAGGGCAAACCAGAUUGGAUAAAUUUGUCUUUGGAUGACAAGACUGCUAACAAGAUGUUAUGGAUUUCGGACAAUGGCUCCAAGGUGUGUCGAAGGAUCGAGGAGGUCUGUCCAGUCUUAGACCGACCAGAGAGAUAUGAAUGCUCACCUCAGGUACUGGCUAAAGAAAGCAUAUGGAAGAUGAGGGCCUACUGGGAAGUGGAAUUCUCAGGCUGGGUGGUAAUCGGAGCCACCUUCGAGGGAGCGGGUCGCAGGGCCAACUCCGGGCCGAGCGGCCUCGGGGAGAACGAGGAAUCGUGGGGCCUGUGCUGGGCAGGAACACGCUACCAGAUCUGGUUUAAUGGCAUUAACAAAGACAUCAUUAGUGUGCCUUAUUGCUCCACCAUCGGCGUGUACAUCGACCAGCCCGCGGGCAUCAUCAGCUUCUAUGUGGUGAGCGGCGAGGGGACAGAAAGGGAGGUUAAGUUGCUACACAGGGUCAAGACCAAGCUGAACAAAAAGAUUCUUCCUGGGUUCUGGAUGGGAAUUCAGUCUGCAUGUACGUUACUGAAACGAGCAGAAUGA